AUGCCCUCCGUCACCCACGAGAGGCUCCCCUCGGCCAAGAAGAGGAGGCGAGACGAUGACGAGAACUCCUACACCACGGGUAACAUCCAGAUCCCAUUCUCCCACCCAGCCCUCGACACCACGCGCGGCAUCCUGGCCGACAAGUCCUCGUACGCGAAUCCCACCAUGCUCCAGCCCUACCCGCCUACCCUGCGCAAGAUAAUACCCAUCGCCAUCAACAAGAAACAGCGCAUGUCCGUCUCCGAUGACGUUCACCACCGAGAAGACAUCCAUCACAGCAUGCGAGCCAAGUCAACCUCCCCGACUUCCGCUUCCCAUCAUCACCACAACCACCAGAAACAACAACACGCUUUGUUGUCCAAGAUCAAAUGUCUAGACCGGUGUCAUAUCUGCUUCCGAAAACCGAGCAAGAAAGCCGACUUGGAUUCGUACGCCGACUGCCAAGGAUGCGGCCAGCGCACAUGUUACGUAUGCAUGAGGCAGUGUCCUGGAUGGACGUCAAGUUUCCAUCACCAACGACAACAUCACCAAACCGGAGAACAAGAAGCGCAAGUGGAUGAUAUCCCUUUGGUGAGCUCGAGCCCCGAGAACUCGUUCACAAUGUUGGACGCGGACGCAGAGACGGAGGUGGACUUGGAUGAGAAGGAAAGCCAUAGGUCAAAACCGACACCUACUGGUUGGCAUGCCAACGGCCACCGAGAAACAAUAUGCGGCAAGUGUUGCGAGGAAAGAGGGGAUAACGGGGAUGUGGUGUGUUUCGGAUGUUUACCUUCGUUUGGGGGGUGA